AUGGAACCAAGAUCAAGAGAAACUACUCCUAAAAAAGAGGAAUUAGAUUUUAUAGUUGAUGAUGGUUAUAGACAUGAUGUGGAUCCAGAUUAUGUUCCGGAUGAAAAAUAUGUUGUUACAGGAAAAGAGUUUAAAAAACUAACCAGAAAUGCUAAAAAGCUUGGUGCUGAAUCGCUUGAUUAUUCAACCCGAAAAAAUAACAAAUACAUGGCCACACUUCCAGGUGGAAAGAAAGUUCACUUUGGAUCGCCAAAAUAUCCAGACUACACUAUUCACAAAGAUAAAGAAAGAAGAAAUAAAUAUCUUUCUCGAGCUAAAAAGAUAAAAAAUAAACAGGGGGAGUUAACUUAUAAUAAUCCAGAAUCACCUAACUAUUGGUCAAUUAAUUUACUUUGGCCUAAAAAAUGAAAUUGAUUUAUUUUUAAAUUAUAGUUUAAAGAUUAAAUUACUAUUAACAAAAAUGCAGUUGUCCAAAUACGAAAAUAUUACUCAAGAAAAUAUUAUUUUUAAUAAAACAAAAGAGUAUAAAGUCAAAGAUACUAAUAUUAAAUACAAACGUAAUAAAAUUGAAGUCAAUUAUCCAAAUGGUAAAAAAGGACCAUUAGUAGUUGAAACUCCACUUCUUUUUUCUUUUGGAGUAAGUGAAAAUCAAGAUCAAAAAACAGGUAGAUUAAAUGGUUACUCAGUUCCAGUAUGUCUUUGGGAGCGAGAUGGUGUACCGAACACAAAAGAAUUAUCAUUUUUUGAACUUAUAAAUAAUAUUAAUUUAAUAUGUCAAAAACAUUUAGAAGAAGAAUACGGACCAGAUUUAGCAUCAUCUCUGUCUUCUCCAUUUUAUUUUAAAACUAUUACUUACAAUGAUAAGAAAGGAAGAGAGAAAACAAAAAAAGAUGAUUCAUCAGCACCAAUUCUUUAUGCAAAACUUAUCUACUCUGAAAAAUCGAAGAAAAUAUUAUCUUUGUUUAAAGGUAAAGGAGGAAGGGAUUUAAAUCCUUUAAAAUAUCUUAAUCAAUACUGUAAUGUUAAAUUAGCAUUAAUAAUAGAAGGAAUAUUUAUAAGUAAAACUGUGACAUCUUUACAAAUAAAAGUACAUGAGUGUUAUGUUAAAGAAUUAGAACCUAGAAAGAGUUUACUUACGAUUGAAGAAAAAAGUAGUGAUAGUGAUAGUGAUAGUGAUAGUAAAGGUGAAGAGAUAACUGAUAAAUUAGUUGAAGACUUACUUUUAUCUGAUGAAGAAGAAAAUAAGUAAAUAACUAAUUUUUAAUGCAAAUUUUGUAUUAAAAAUCAACCAAAUCCUUCAAACUUACCCAUGAGUUAAAUUUAUCAGGAUAUCCACUCCAUUUCACUAAUGCCAUUUUUUUCUUAUUAUCCCUCCUGAUAAUCUUUUCUAUUCUAAAUGUUUGUUGUUUUGCUUUCUGUAAUUCUUGCUCGUAGAAAGAACCUUUAAUCUCGUCUCCCACUAAAUCCACAAUGUUAUAUGUAAUAGGUUUUGUUGGUAAAACUUUAUCAAUAACAAAUAUCUCCUCUGUCCAGUUUGGUGUGUAACCUUUAUCAAAUACCUUUCUCUUAUACUUAAAAAUUCUAACACGAUCACCAACCACAAAUUUUGGUUUACCAGGUUUCAAGUAAAUAGAAUCGCCAUACAAAUUAGACCAAACUUUACUUUUAUUUUUCUUUUUACUUGCUUCAACAGGAGUCAUUUUUAUACUAGAAUGUCUCGCGUUAUUGUAAUCAUUAACUAGUUUAUCUAACUUAUCCCAGUAAACAGUGUUGUUAUUAACUGUAAACAUUUUCCACAUUCUGUUUUUCAUUGUUUUGUUCCAUCUCUCAACAACACUAGAUUUUUCUUCGUUUUCAGUGUGAUACAAAUUGAUUCCCUCUCUUUUCAAAAAAUCUUUGAAAUGUUUACUAAUAAACUCAGAACCUUUAUCUCUCCAUAACAACCUUGGUUUACGUUUACUUUUGAAUAUGUCCUCAAAUGCUUUACUAACAGUUUCAGUUUUCUUAUCUUUUAAUCCCCUAAUCCAACCAUACUUGCUAAACACAUCAAUAACCAUCAAUAAAUAUUUAAUCCCUUUGUUCCACCUACUAAACUUUUGCAUUUCAACUAAAUCAGCAGCCCAGAUUUCAUCAAUCCCGUUUGAGACUACUAAUCUCUUUUGAAAGUUUCGUGUGAUUGGUUUGUGAAGUUCGUCGGCUAAUUGUUGAGACCAAUCACUACUCAACGCCGACGCGCGUUUUUUUGAAUACCAAGACCAAGUUUUUGUUUUGUAUUCAUAGCUGUUCUAGCCAACCAAUGACCCCAUUGUCUAUUUUUCCAAGGAAUUGCAUCUAGUGAUUUUACCAUUUUUUUAUCUGCAGCAUGUUUGCAUUUUAAUUGUUCACUUUUGGGAAGGUUUCCACAAACUGUGUAAUCUGCAUCAUGUUGCAUACUAACUGCAUCUGUUGGUCCUGUAGGUUGUUGAUAGAUUUCUAAUAUAUUUCCCUCAGAGUCAUGUAUAAGUUGGUCCUCAAGAGGAUUUCCAGGUCCAGUAUAAUUAUGACCUGGUAAAGUUAAUCCUUUAUAAGGUGCAACUUUUAGUAUUUGUUUGUGAAUGUCAACUCCUCGUCCAUCAGUUUUAUAUUUAUUUUUUGGUCUCACUUUUGUUGAUAGUUCAUCCAUAGCUGAUCCAACAGAAUCUUGAAUAAAUGGAGUGAGUUUGUUAAUUCCAUAAUUUACAGCUUUCUUCUGAAUAUCUUUAUUGGACAUUAACUCACUUGCUCCAUAUCGCCCCAUUUCAACUGCUUUCUUACCCAUCCAAGGUAAACCGUAAUGAACAAAACCAUCAACUGCUGUACCAACAAUAGUAUCAAAAACGCCCGCCCCUUUAGACGGGCUGAUUAGUUUUUUGACUUCUUUUUUGUUUUUCUCUUUUUACCACUUCCAGUUUGAGAAGCUGUUCCAGUUUUCACAUAUCUAACGUUUUUAUUUCCACAAACUGCACAUCUACAAAAGAAUUGAGUUCGCCCUCUUUUAUCAGUUUGAUAACCACUUGGCUCUGUGCAAGGAGUUACUCUUUUAUCUACAAUACAAUAUGAUUCUUUCUUUUAAUAUAAUGUUUAGAUAAAAUAUGACUACUAGAUCUAUUUUUGUUAAAAGUGAACUUGACAAUAUAUUAUUUACCCUUGUAAAAAUUUAUUAGCGAUCGCUGUCAAAAUCGCGUAGCGUUUUUGGCCGGAUUUCGCGGCACGAUCGCUGCGUUAUUCGCGGAGCGAUGGGAGCGAUCGCGGCGCGAUCGCUGUCAUCAAUCGCUUAGCGUUUUUGGCCGGAUUUCGCGGCGCGAUGAGAGCGAUCGCUCAGCGAUCGCUGUCGUCGAUCGCUUAGCGUUUUUGGUCGGAUUUCGCGGCGCGAUGAGAGCGAUCGCGCCGCGAUCGCUGUCAUCAAUCGCUUAGCGUUUUUGGCCGGAUUUCGCGGCGCGAUGAGAGCAAUCGCGCCGCGAUCGCUGUCAUUAAUCGCUUAGCGUUUUUGGCCGAAUUUCGCGGCGAGAUGGCAGUGAUCGCUCAGCGAUCGCUGUUGUCGAUCGCUUAGCGUUUUUGGCCGAAGUUCGCGCCGCGAUCGCUGUCAUCGAUCGCAGAUGGUUUUCGGCCGAAUUUCUCGUUGCGAUCACGGUCCGGACGAAAAAGACAUAAAUGAGUAUUUCUUAUCUCAGAAGAAGAGCAGUGAGCUGAAAUUUGUCCUGAAAGUUGCAGUAACAUUUUACUAACUUGUGACAAACGGAGAGCUUCUGAGCUUUGCCGAAAAUCGUGCAUCAUAGAAAAUGAGCGCUUCGUUUGAAAGCCCCUGGUCCGGCCAGUGGUUCCGGCCACUUUGGCUACUUUAAUUGGAAGCCGACAUUAAAAGUGCGUAAAAAGAAACCUUCCAAGCACCAUCUGAUCUAAAUUCCUGUAUAAUUUUUAUAGGCUGCUCACUUAAAAUUCGAAACCAAACUGAGAUUUCUGUGUAAAGAGCUAACGUUUGGUCUCUCGAAGAAACUAAACCGUGAAAAGGUCAAUUCGCCACCAUUUUAAAUGAAUUCAAUCAAAGUUUAGAGGGAAAAAAUAUUUGUCGUCGCUUGUUUACGUCCUCAAGAAACACCUCCCAUCACAAAAUGUUGUCUAAGGGCCUGUUUACAUGGAGUGGGGGACCUCGGUCUAGUGGGGUAAGUUUCUUUUGUUUUCACGCUCUGGGGGACACAAAACAAAAGAAACUUACCCCACUAGACCGGGGUCCCCCACUCGACCGGGGUCCCCCACUCUAUGUAAACAGGGCCUUAGUCAUGCCGCGACCGAAAAGCGUGCGUCAUAAUGCACGUGCAGAGUAAUGUUUUCCUUGUUAGGCCCAUUGCUUGCCAAGUUUUUUGACUUUGCUAAAUGCUACAGCUCCCAAAUGAAAUAUAAGUUUCAUUUUAUGGCCUUCUAUAUCACUGCUUAAUAAAUAAAGUGCAGUGUUACUGGGAAAUUUUCAAACAGGCUUUCCCUUUUCAAUCACUAUUUGGCUAGUUUGGCCGGACCAAGGACAAAAGUACGCAAAAUUUAUUUUGGAAUAUUAUCUAAACUUUGGUUUUAAAAUUCAACCAGUCGACCGAAUUUUUUUUUUUUGCAAGUCGAAAGAACAUUUCUUGUACGCCGUGUACACCAAAAAUUAGCUUUCUUAACACUUAAUUGCAUAUACCUGAACUAAAAAUGCAUCCAAGUAAUUUAAGGCGCCAUAAAAAAAGCAAAAAUAACAGAACAAAAUUCACCUACGACAAUCGAGCUUCAGAAGGCAAACAGAUCAAUAAAAAAUCGGAAAGUUUCGUUUGUAGUUUAACCUUAUUUUCUUCCCGAAAAUUACGUACAUCACAAAUUAAAACGGGCCGGAACUUAUCCGAACUUAUACGAACUUAUCUAGGAAAGAUCGAAGCUACUCAGUCUGCAAGCAGGGUAGUAUAAAUCAUGUCAAGAUAAAGCUAAAUUUUCAACUUAAACGGGUCUAAAUAGGGAAUGAAUUUUCAAAAGAAAGGUCUUAUGUGAGAGUUCAGUGAAUCGUUUUUUUUAUUUUUAGCUAAGUGUGAGCAGAGUAAAACGUUUUAUAUCCUGAAGUAUUGAGAUAAUGAAACCGCCUAUAUGCAUUGAUUUCUUUUCUUUUGAUCCACUUGUCCAUGUCUUCAGAUAGGUUCAUCCUAUUAGGGAUAAAAAUAUUUUUUCUUUUUUCCUCACGCUAAUGAUAUGUUUCAUGUUCAUUUACCGUGCUUAAAUAUUCUCACUGAAAUUCUCCAUACUUCUUUAUUAAGCCAAUUUAAUGUGACGUCCCACAUGUUUUGUCUUCAGCCUAAACGUUAACUUUGAAAUUUACACAAUGUACAAACUGAGUACUCACAACUGUUGUCUUUGCCAGAUUAAUUGUUGCUGCAGAAUAUUCAAGAGGCCAUCAUGGUUCUUGGUAUAUUGCCAUGUUUAUGCCCCACAGUACGUCCAGAGCGGUUUUUCUGUUGAGAAAUUAAAACCAGUUAACCAAGAGAGUUAUUCCCGAAAUCAGAGUAUUGAUAUAUUCAAAUCAAGACAAAUCACUGAGUUGUCCAGCUCAAGUAGCUUAAGACUUACACCCCUCGAAGGAUAUAAAAAAAAUGAGGUAAAAAACGAAGGCUCCAAAAUCAGAAGUUUUGCUUUCUCGAACUAUUAAAAGGUAGCUCGAAUUUUUUUAGCUUUUGUUUGUUUGAGAAGCCUAAUAAAAAGGCUAACCUUAAUUGUGUUAUAAACUAUGAAAAGUGCCGGAAAGGAUAAAAUCGGCAACACCGAAUGAAUAUCAAGCUUAACCUUAAUUAGGUUUAAAAUUAAACUUAGUGAUAAUAAGAAGUGAGUAGACUUACCUUUUUAAGUACGUUUCUUUGUUUGAACUUUCAACAUGUCAAAAGAAUCAUUAAGAAAAAUUUUCCAAUGUUUAAACAGCAAUAAACGGCCAUUGCUAAUUGCAUGACAAGUGAAAUUGAGAGCAAUUUUUUUUUUCAAGGUGCGCGUCAGCCUUGAAUCUUGGCCACCCGCGUCGCAGUGGCGGGAAAUCGGAUUUUGGAAUCCAGUCCCCAAGGGCGCGAUCCAUUCAACCGAAAUUUCCCGAAUAUUUCGGUCCAAAACUCAAUGGAUCGGUUCGGUCCAACCGGAAAAGUUUCGAAAAAACGGGUCCACCUUUUUAGGUGGACCAAUUUUCCCGGUCGGACCGGUUGGAAUUUUGGUUGAAUGGAUCGCACCCCAAUACUCUGGAUUAAACCGUCACGUACAUGCAGGAUUCAUUUCUGUUAUUAAGGACCAUUAAGUAAAAAUCAUGUUGAUUACAUCCUUAUAUACAGCAGUUUAAGGCCUGGAGCGUAACAGAAAUUCAUCCUUGGGCUUAAAAUGACUCAAUAAGAGGUGAGCGAGAAAAGGUUUCCUAGCUUUUUGCUAAUGUAACUCUGGUCAAAAACACAAGGAAAACCGUGCCUUCUCUAGAAACCGAUAAAGUUCUAACAAACUGAAAAUGACUGUUAUUAUAAGCUCAUAGUUUUUCCGAAUGUUCGACCUCCCCGAUAUUGAUAUAUUUCUGUAGUCUUUUAGUUACUUAACUUUCCUGUGUUUUAUUAUAAUAUUAUUACUAUUUUGCCUGCCCUAAUAAUUUUCACAAUCGCAAGUUUUGAAGAACAACAUAAUGGAAUAUAAAAAUAAAAUAAUAUGCCCGGCAGCCGGGAAGGGUCUAAGCUGCACGGCAGUCAGAAUGUUUUUUUGAUUUUCUUCAAAAUCCCUUUUUCUAAGUAUAAUCGUUUGAAAGUAUUAUAUCUUCGUUUAGAAUUACCAAGGGAUUAGGAAAACAGUAAUGGCUUAGCAGUAGAGAGGUUGUGGUUUCUUGCGCAUAGAGCCUGAGAGUCGACGCCGUUUCAACACUUAGAAACAUUCGAGACUCACGAGCACGUUUUCGCACAGGCAGUAAAUAUCCGGCAGUUUGAAAGCCAUCUGGAAAGUUAGAAAGCCUGUUAGUAAGCCAAAGGAUGCAUACUAGCCUCGAUUAUUUUUCCAAAGCAACAACGAAAAUAUUAAGUGCUUUCAUUAUGAAACCUUAGAGUCAAUGCACUGUGUGAAUCAACUAACGUGUGAAAAAAAAGGGCGCAAAGGCAAACGCAGUGCGAAUUACGGCCCAUAACCAAACGGGAAAGGCGGUCCCUGAUAACACCAAAUUAAAUUUAGCCAGUUAUACAAAAAAAAAAACUAACGAGUCACGAACGAUAAGGAAUAACAAGACGAGCUAGUAACCAGACUAAAAGGGGCGUAAAAGACGUGAGAGCUCAAACAGAAUAAUAACCAUACGACUAACUUAUAACAGAAAUCGCGACGAUAACUGUGAUCCUCGGUUAUCUCCUUCGCGAUAAUGGCACUGAGAUUGCGGACGCGAACUUAAUUAGAAUUGAUCGUGAUCACCACUUGGCGAUCGCGAUUACUGCACCACGAUCGAGAGCAAUAUGGCACUCGAAGAUCGCCGAUUACAACUUAACUAAAUGGCACCGCGAUCGCAAUCACCGCUUCGCAGUAAGUACAAUGCCCCUGCGAUCGCGAUUACCAAACCGGGAUCGUAGUCCUGACAUAUAAAUCACGGAUUUGACUUUACUAAAUCAAGCCGCGAUCGUGAUCACCACGCCGCGGUAAGUACAAUGUCGCGGCCAUCGCGGAUACUGUUUUUCAAAAUCGCACGACCCCAUAAGCUGCUUAGCGUUUAAUAUCAUCGAGCUAAAAUAAAAACUGUCUGUCUUCGCGAUCGCAAUCAUCUUCUUGCGAUCACGAUCAUUCCGCUGAGAUCGCUAUAACUUCGCCACGAUCGCUCUAUCUUCACCAUCCUGACCCUGAGAUCGCGGAUAAUAUUUUUCUGAAUCGCGCCGCGAUCGUAAUCUUCUUCCUGCGAUCACGAUCAUUGGGCUGAGAUUGUUAUGACUUCGCCGCGAUCGCGAUUUCAUCGCCAGCAUCGCAAUCCUAACCUUGGGAUCGCAGAUACGAUUUUUCAAAAUUUCGCCGCGAUCGCGAUCAUCUUCCCGCGAUCACGAUCAUCACGUUGAGAUCGCUACAACUUCGCCGCGAUCGCUCUAUCUUCUCCGCGAUCGCGUUCACCACGCAGCGAUAAGUACAAUACCGCUGCGAUCGCGAUUUCAUCGCCAGGAUCGCAAUCCUGACCCUGAGAUCGCGGAUAAUAUUUUUCUGAAUCGCGCCGCGAUCGUAAUCUUCGUCCUGCGAUCACGAUCAUCUGGCUGAGAUCGUUAUAACUUCGCCGCGAUCGCGAUUUCAUCGCCAGCAUCGCAAUCCUGACCUUGGGAUCGCAGAUACGAUUUUUCAAAAUUUCGCCGCGAUCGCGAUCAUGUCCCGCGAUCACGAUCAUCGCGUUGAGAUCGCUAUAACUUCGCCGCGAUCGCGAUCACCAGGCCGCGAUCGCGAUCACUACGCCGCGAUCGCGAUCAUCACGUCGCUAUUGCAAGCGCGAUUUACUUCAAUUGCAUCGCGAUCGCUGAUAUCGCGCCGCGAUCAAAAUCAUCGCGCCGCGAUCGCGAUCACCGCGUCGCGAUCGCGAUCGCGAUCAUCACGUCGCGAUCAUCACGUCGCGAUAGCGAUCACCGCGCCGCGAUCGCUAUAACCUCGCCGCGAUCGCGAUCACCGCGUCGCUAUCGCGGGCGCGAUUAAUCUAAAUCGCGCCGCGAUAUGCACAAUCGCGCCGCGAUCGCUGCCAUCGCUCCGCGAUCGCGGUCAUCGCGGCGCGAUCGCUAAUAAAUUUUUACAAGGGUAUAAUAAUUUAAAAAUGAGUUAUGAAAGUACUACAUAUUAUAGAAUGGAAAAUGAUACUCGAUUUUUAAAAAUAUUUGAGUUGAUUAUGGAAUUAAAAGAGAAAACAAUUACACUUAAUAAUAUUAUAAAAGGUAAUUAUCUGUUUAUAUAGUAAAAUGGAAGCUAAAUUCUUUUCUGAAAUAGAAAAAAAGAUGGAUGUUAAAACAAUAAAAGAUUUUGAAAAGGAAGUAAGGAAAAAAUAUAUAAUGAGUUAGAGACACUUAGAAAGGAAAAUGAUGAUCUUUCUAGAGUACUAAUGGUUAAUGAAUGUGAGAUGUGGAAAAAAAUAAGAAAUGAGGGGUAUUCUUGGUUGAAUUUAAAUAUUGAUAAAAAGAAGAAAGUUUAUCGUCUUAUUGACAUUUACUCAAAUUUUGUUGCCUUAGUUGAUAGUGUUAAAGAUCUAAAUACAAAAGUUGAAAAGGUUAAACAGCUAAAGAAUACACCGGUGGAUAGUGAAUAAAAAAAAUAUUAUAAUAAAGAAAAUGGAUGAGUUAUGUAAUCAGGCUAAAUUAAAAGAGAAACGUAAUGAAGUUAUGACACAAAUUGAAAACAAUUUAAUAGAUCUUAUAAGAAAAGAUAUAUCAAUAUUGGAAGCAAUUAAAGAUUAUAUUGAUGAUGAUGAAAAUGAAAUUAAAUAUGAAAGAGAAUCUUAUACAUUACCUUCUCUUAUUAAUAUUUAUUGUAAUUUGGUUGAUAUUGAUGGUAGUCUUAAUAAUAUUAAAGUUAGUAACUUUUGUUAUAAAGUUUAUGAAGAAUUUUAAAAAUAAUAUUUAAUAAAUAUUAUUUUUAUCCUCCAAAGUAUGCUUUGAUAAAAUCACUGUUGUCAUCAUCAAAAUGUGGGUUAUGUAUUACAUCUAGAAUACUACUACCACGUCGUCUCUCAAAUAAAUAGUAUAAACACCAAUAUCCACAUAGAACAGUUUUUCGAUUUUGUAUUUCAUCCAUUGAGUAAAAUAUACGUUUUCCAGAAGUAUGAAAAUACUUUAAUGCUUCAUUUGGCAUUAUCAGUCCAAAUGGAUCAAAGUACUCAACUAUAUUGUCUAUAUUUCUAUAACAAACCCAAUGUGUUCCAGGGCCAGUCAUGUCAUUGAGAUUUAUUAUUCCACAUUCUUUACGCAACUUAUUAGGAAGACCAUCACGACUAUAUACUCCUCUAAAAUGUUUAAUACCAAGUCUUUUUAUCCAUUUCAUAAGGUCAAAGUUGGACAGUGGUUUAAUUACAAAAUGGUUCCUAGAAUGGGGAUUGAGUUGAAAGGGCUGUUUUUUCCUAGAAGAAGACCUUUUCCUUUGGAUUUGGUCUUUUUUUUUUAACUCCCAUUCCUAUUGGGUUUUCCCAUGUACCAAUAAAGGGUGGUGGAAAGUGAUAAGGAUAACCCUCACCAUGUGUGGAUGGAGGAGGACGUGGAACGUAAACAUUUGCUGUAUUUGAUGAUCCACGCCUAUCAACCUGAAGUCCCCCACCAAACAUCUUAGAUACCAGACUAAUUGCCAUUGGAAUUCCAAUAGAUGCAAGAGUUCCAAGAAAUCCUCCUUCUAUCUGUUUACGAGUUGGUUUGAUAACCAAUCGCCCACCUGAUUGA